CACAGGUGUACUUAUAGGUGUACAGUGCACAGAAACUGGACUGUUGCUUGAUACAUUUUUUUUUUUAAAUCAACUAUAAACAUUAAAUAAGGAAACCAUGAAUGGAAAUGUAUUAUUAUUUGUUACUGCCAUGUUAUGUAUAAAACAACUUUCUGCAAUGAAACCAAUUUUAAUAGUCCAUGGGGGUGCAGGUGACAUAGCCCAAAGCAGAGUGCAGGGCAAACUGGAUGGGGUGAGAUUAGCAGUGAGGGAGGGCUACAGAGUUUUACAGCAUAAUGGUAGUGCUCUUGAUGCAGUUGAAGCAGCUGUUGUAUCUAUGGAGAAGGAUGAAAAUUUUAAUGCAGGAUAUGGCUCAGUAUUGAAUCUAGCUGGUGAAGUGGAAAUGGAAGCAAGCAUAAUGAGCGGAGAAAAUCUUGAUGUUGGUGCAGUGACAUUAAUAAAAGAUUUUCUUCAUCCUAUUAGCAUUGCUCAUAAGGUUCUUACAGACUCACCGCACUCAUUGAUUGGUGGACAAGGUGCAAAGCAGUUUGCUUUAGAUAAAGGCUUCCCAAUGGUACCUCAAGAAUCAUUAAUAAGUGAAAAUGCACAAGCUGCAUUAAAAGAGUUUUUGGAGAAAGGUGGUGAAUUUGGAAAGACAGAAGUUGGCAUUGCAGAAGGUGGUGUUGGAACAGUGGGUGCUGUAGCCAUUGACAUCAAUGGGCAUAUAGCAGUAGCAACAAGCACGGGCGGCAUGACUGGUAAAGUUGUUGGUCGUAUUGGAGACACUCCACAAAUCGGCAGUGGCACUUAUGCUGAUGACAAUAUUGGAGGUGUCUCUACAACAGGUCAUGGAGAAUCAAUUUUGAAGGUCUGCUUGGCUCAUAGUAUUAUAAAACUAAUGGAAAGUGGAGUUGAUGCAGAAACAGCCACAAAAGAGGCAGUUACAGCUAUGACAACACGCUUGAAAAACACAGCUGGUGCAAUUACUUUAUCAAAGGAUGGCGAUGUCGGAGUAUAUUUUUCCUCUAAGAGAAUGUCUUGGGCUUACAUUAAAGAUGAAAAGUUGUUCUAUGGUAUUGAACAGGGCGAAGUUCUUGAAGAGAAUUAUGUGAAGUGAUAUUUUGUUUGAAGAUACAGAUUUAUAUGCAUUACAUUUUAUUUUUAUUUUUUGCAA